ACCGGAUAUUACUACACCUCCUUCUCCGUUCCUAAAAAGGCUGAUCAGCUGUCUUUCGAUCACCGGAGUUUAGUUUUAUUAAUAAUAACCCCCCCCAGGAGGGCAUUGUGACACAUUAUGGCUACCAACAAUAUGGCAGACCCGAGGAGACAAAAUAAGAUUUUGAGGUACAAGCCUCCCAGCACAGAGUCCAAUCCCACACUAGAGGACCCCACGCCGGACUACAUGAACCUGCUCGGCAUGAUCUUCAGCAUGUGUGGACUGAUGCUCAAGCUGAAGUGGUGUGCCUGGAUCGCAGUCUACUGCUCUUUCAUCAGCUUUGCAAACUCAAGAAGCUCAGAGGACACUAAACAGAUGAUGAGCAGCUUCAUGCUGUCCAUCUCUGCAGUUGUGAUGUCGUACCUCCAGAACCCACAGCCAAUGUCACCGCCAUGGUAACAAACGGCCAAUCGCAGAAGAGCACGGAAGUAAAUUGUGGAUGCUGAAGUUGGUGAUGAAACAGCUGACCGGCCCCUGCCCUGGCCAUUGAGGAAAAACAGACACAGAAAGGAAGAUAAUAAUAUAAAAGAAAGAUAAGGAGAGAGAGAGAGGAAACAAAUGCCCAGGAGGGGUGGACAAGUAAAGAGGACACAACGUCAGGACGGAGACAUCAAAUGGUCUUUGACUGCGUUCUCAUGUUUUUUCUCUUUUUAUCCAUUUCCUAACUUUGUUUUGUCGAUGAAAACGUUCACAUUUUACCAUUUGGCUGAUCUGUGGCAGGAUGUCAUCAAAUAAAUUUGUAUGGUUUUAAAAGGAA